AAAACGCGAUAGAGAGAGAAAGUGGGAGAUUGAGUUUUUUAGGAGAUAGAAAGUAAGAAAGAGGGGUUCUUCUCCAACAUUUCUCCUCUUCACAUUAUUACAAAACCUUUCUUCUCUUUUCAAUCUCUCUCAAAUCUUGCUACCCACACAGAUCUCAUUCAUUUUCCCUCAAAUCUAUAGGGUUUCGAUCCGAUCCAUCUUUCUAACAAUCCGAUUCGAUUUUUUUAGAUCUUUGAUCUCGAAUACUUUCACCCAUGGAGGCGAUCGAGGAAUUGGCGCAGCUCUCCGAUUCGAUGCGCCAAGCCGCGGCUCUGCUCGCCGACGAAGACGUGGAUGAGAAUUCCACCUCCAGCGGUUCCUCGCGACGAGAUUCCACUUUCCUCAAUGUUGUCGCUCUUGGCAAUGUUGGUGCCGGUAAAUCCGCAGUUUUGAACAGUUUGAUUGGACAUCCUGUUUUGCCAACUGGUGAAAAUGGUGCUACUCGAGCUCCAAUAAGCAUUGAUUUACAGAGGGAUGGUGCUUUGAGCAGCAAAUCAAUUAUAUUGCAGAUUGACAACAAAUCUCAGCAAGUUUCUGCGAGUGCUUUACGUCAUUCUCUUCAAGAUAGGUUGAGUAAGGGUUCUUCAGGCAAGAGCCGUGAUGAAAUAUAUCUAAAGCUACGGACAAGUACAGCACCUCCCCUUAAAUUGAUUGAUUUACCCGGGUUGGACCAGCGGAUCAUGGAUGAAUCUUUGGUUAGUGAAUAUGGUGAGCACAAUGAUGCGAUAUUGCUAGUUAUAAUUCCUGCUGCUCAAGCUCCGGAAGUUGCUUCGUCUCGGGCGCUCAGACUUGCUAAGGAGUAUGAUGGAGAUGGUACAAGAAUUGUUGGUGUGAUUAGUAAAAUAGAUCAAGCUGCUUCAGACCAGAAAGCUCUUGCUGCAGUUCAGGCUCUUCUGCUAAAUCAGGGCCCAUCAAAGGCAUCUGAUAUGCCAUGGGUCGCAUUAAUUGGCCAGUCGGUUUCAAUAGCUUCUUCACAAUCUGGUUCAGUUGGCUCUGAGAAUUCUUUAGAAACAGCAUGGAGGGCUGAGAGUGAAAGUCUUAAGUCUAUCCUGACUGGAGCACCUCCUAGUAAACUGGGCCGAAUAGCAUUGGUUGAUGCUCUAGCCCAGCAAAUUCGUAAUCGUAUGAAAGUUCGGGUUCCGAACCUCCUAACCGGGUUACAAGGCAAAUCUCAAAUAGUUCAAGAUGAGUUAGUUAGGCUUGGUGAGCAAUUGGUGCAAAGUGCAGAGGGCACCAGAGCAAUAGCUUUGGAGCUUUGCCGUGAAUUUGAGGAUAAGUUUCUUCAACAUAUUACAAGUGGUGAGGGUUCUGGCUGGAAAAUUGUUGCCAGUUUUGAAGGAAAUUUUCCUAAUAGAAUUAAACAGCUUCCAUUAGACCGACAUUUUGAUAUCAACAAUGUGAAGAGAAUUGUUUUGGAAGCUGAUGGUUAUCAGCCAUAUCUCAUAUCACCUGAAAAGGGUUUAAGAUCUUUAAUAAAAGGUGUCUUAGAGCUUGCGAAAGAACCAUCACGUCUUUGUGUUGAUGAGGUACACCGUGUCCUGGUAGAUAUUGUUUCUGCAGCCGCAAAUGCUACACCUGGUCUUGGUAGAUAUCCUCCUUUCAAGAGAGAGGUUGUGGCCAUUGCAAGUUCUGCUUUAGAUGUGUUCAAGAGUGAAGCAAAGAAAAUGGUGGUUGCACUAGUUGAUAUGGAGAGAGCUUUUGUGCCUCCCCAACAUUUCAUUCGUUUAGUGCAAAGGAGAAUGGAGAGGCAACGCCGAGAAGAGGAGCUAAAAACUCGAUCCUCGAAAAAGGGCCAAGACGCAGAACAAGCAUUACUAAACAGGGCAACUAGUCCACAAACAGGUGGUCAGCAAGCUGGUGGGAGCUUGAAAACAUUGAAGGACAAAUCUGACAAGUCUGAGAAAGAAGCACCAGAGGCUUCUGGUUUGAAGACUGCUGGGCCUGAAGGAGAAAUUACAGCAGGUUUUCUCCUAAAGAAAAGUGCAAAAACUAAUGGCUGGAGCAAGCGAUGGUUUGUUUUGAAUGAAAAGACUGGGAAGCUUGGUUACACUAAAAAGCAAGAAGAAAGACAUUUCCGUGGUGUAAUCACUUUGGAGGAGUGUAAUGUCGAUGAAGCUUCAGAAGAGGAAGAACAACCUCCUUCAAAGAGUUCAAAGGAUAAGAAGGCUAAUGGACCAGAUUCUGGAAAAGGCAGUCUUGUCUUUAAAAUUACUAGCAAGGUUCCAUAUAAAACUGUACUGAAAGCACACAGUGCUGUCAUCUUGAAGGCCGAAAGUAUGACUGACAAGGUUGAAUGGAUAAAUAAAAUCAGAAACGUUAUCCAACCAUCUAGAGGGAGGGGCUUGUCCAAUGAAGGAGGUCAUUCCAUGCGGCAAAGUCUUUCUGAUGGUUCCUUGGAUACAAUGACACGAAGACCUGCUGAUCCAGAAGAAGAACUUCGGUGGAUGUCACAAGAAGUACGUGGUUAUGUUGAAGCAGUUUUGAACAGUUUGGCUGCUAAUGUACCUAAGGCAGUUGUUCUUUGUCAAGUUGAGAAGGCGAAAGAAGAUAUGCUGAAUCAGUUAUAUAGUUCUGUCAGUGCUCAAAGCACAGCAAAAAUUGAAGAACUACUUCAAGAGGACCAAAAUGUAAAACGUCGAAGAGAACGCUACCAGAAACAAUCUUCUCUUCUUUCCAAGCUAACUCGUCAACUUAGCAUUCAUGAUAACCGGGCAUCUGCUGCUUCCAGCUGGUCCAACGGUGGUAGUGUUGGAGCUGAGAGUAGCCCAAGAACUAGUGGCCCAUCUGGUGAUGACUGGAGAUCCGCAUUUGACGCUGCUGCCAAUGGCCCGGUUGACUCCAACUCCUAUGUUGAUUACUCUAGAUCUUCAUCCAACGGUCACAGUCGACAUUACAGUGAUCCAGCACAAAAUGGUGAUGUUAAUUCUGGAUCAAACUCUGCCAGCCGUCGUACUCCUAAUCGAUUGCCACCUCCCCCACCACAAUCUGGUUCUUCAGGACACAAAUAUUUUUAGAUGGGUGGCUGGUAUUCAUUGACAUUCAUGUUUUCACUUCAUUCAUGGUGGGUGAGAUUCCUCAGCACCAACUCGUGAUUUUUCUAUUAGAAUCUUUUAGAUGAGAAGAAAAGGGUGUGUACAUAAAAAGAUGAAAUUCCUCGAUAUCGGGUUCCCUAUGGUGUCUGUUUAACGAGGAUGGAUUCAAGGCAUACUUGAAAGUCAUAAAAUUCCUCUAUUCAAUUUUCCAUGUUUAUCUAGAAUUUUUUUCCUCUAUUUCCUCCGCUCAUUUUUGGAUUCUAUAGAUGUAUUCUCAUGUAUGGAUGUUAUUUUAUGGACGUUCGUUCAGGGUUUGAUGGCUCUGUAACAGUUGGUUAUCCUGUUUGAGAGGUUGGAUAUAUUAUAUAUAUUCACAAUGUGAUAUAUUUCUCUUC